AUGGCAACAAACAUCAGCAGUAAACAAAUUGAUGACAUUAAUUCAGCUCAAGCAUUCUCAAUUGCCUGUGAUGAGUCAACUGAUGUAAACGAUGUUGCGCAGACAGCUCUAUUAUGCAGGUAUGUCAACUCUGAUGGGUUGCAGGAAGAGCUGAUUGAACUCAUACCACUAAAGGGCCAAAUGCAGGGGCAGUACAUCUGUGAGGCUGUUGUGAGUUGUCUAAAAGAUAAAGGAAUAAACACCACUCACCUAGUGUUAGUGUCUACUGACGGAGUGCCCAGUAUGAGAGGAGCACAGAAGGGCUUUGUGAAUUUAUUUCAAAAGUCAUUGGGCCGAGAUCUGAUGACGGUUCACUGCAUUAUCCACCAAGAAGCGCUUUGCACGCAAACCUUUCCGCCUGAAUGUGUGGAAGUAAUGAACCUCGUUAUCAAGAUAGUGAACAAAAUAAUUGCGAACGGGUUAAGCCACCGACAGUUUUGUUCAUUAUUAGAAGAAGUCGAAAACGCAUACUCAAAUCUCCUGCUGCACAACAGAGUCCGGUGGCUUUCCAGGGGAGAGGUGCUGAAACGCUUUGCUGCCUGUCUGGAGCACGUGAAAACCUUCUUGGGAAACAAAGGCCUCAACUAUCCUGAACUGGAAGACCUAGAUUGGCUGGAAAAGUUUUACUUUAUGGUGGAUAUGACAAGUCACUUGAACAUGCUGAAUAAAAAUCUCCAAGGAAAGGGAAGCACGGCCCUGCAGAUGCUGGAGGAGGUUUUGUCAUUUGAGCGCAAGAUGAGAGUGUUCGCCAGAGAUGUCCAGAAAAGCACACUCUCUCACUUCCCCUCCCUAAGAGAGUUCAAAGAAGCCAACAAUCACAUAAAUUGUGAUUAUUUUCACCGAGCCAUUAUUGCAAUGCAAGCAGCAUUUGGAGAAAGAUUCAGUGAAUUCAGAAAGGAGAAACAGACUCUUUCUUUUCCUGUCAGACUGCUAGACAGCGACCCAUCUCUGCUAAACACAUCUGCAUUCACAGGAGUAAGUAAGCCUGAUCUAGAAAUCGAACUGGCUGACAGAGCGGAUAAAGAUGUGUGGGUUAACAAGUUCAAAUCCUUGUCAGCGAAUCUUGAAGUCGACCGUCGGAGGGCUACGCUCGCUAAAGAGCACAAAUGGAGUGGAUAUUGA